AUGAAGAGGAACUGCUACUCAAUCUUACUAGAAGCUGCAUCCGAUGCAUCGCUCAUUGCAGCCAUACGGACACUCUAUCAGCGGAAUGACCAGUUGCAAGUGAUAUUGAUACAGCUGCAUCAGCAGUAUCCCCAUUUCGUCUCGGAAAAAGACGAGGAUAGGCUAAGUAUAGUGCCUCAACUGUGUCGACCGAACAACGCCCUUGAUUUGUCGGAUACAGACAUCUUACAGAAUAAUCUGCAGGCGCAAACCGCCAAACAUGACGCCAUUGUAGAGGAAUUGGAGGAGUUAACGACGAAGAUUGACAAGAGCUUGAAGAAGAGAGGUCGGAUUUCGUCUUGGGCAUGGUGA